GUGGUUUUGUUGGGUAUCUUCUAGAGACAAAACACACACAAACACACACUUAUAUAACAUGUUUCUCUCUAGCUAGUUGUUGACUGACUCUCCUAUUCUUACUUGGUCCAAUCUUUUCCAAACUUUGAUCUUUGAGCAGAAGUGAUGAUACUGGUGGCUAUAAUGGCGGAGCUGAUGGAGGAGUACACAGUGUUGCUGGCGAGGGUGCUAGAGCAUGUGUUUCAUUCUGUGCCUUUCCCAAGAAGGGUUCGUUUUCUCAUCCUCCGCAGCCUUCCUUUUGCUUCCACACCAACUGGCCCUCUCACUCUAACCCCUUAGUCCUUAGCCCUCCCUUUGGUUUUUUUUUCCCCCUAUGAAUGUAAGAAGCAAACAGUGCCUGUGGAUUAUAUGUUUUAAUCUCAGCUUCUUACUUUAUUCAUUCAUGUACAGCUUUCAGAAGUCUCUAAUUUUUUUUUUUUUUUCUUUUCUGGAUUUUAAGUUGAUGCGGUGGUCCUAAAUUUCUGUAAAUAUUAUUUUGAGUUAUCUUCUUUCUGAUUUAAUUAGCAUCUUGUAUAAAGUGCAUCUUGUGAGUUAUACCCUUCA